AAGCGCGGCGGCGGGGCGGCCUCCCCGCGGCGCGGGGGCAGCGCGGGCCCGGACCGGAGCAGGCCGCGGGCCCUCGGCGGCUCCCGCUCAUUGUUCCUCGCACAAGCCCUGGCAAACAGGAAGCCGCCUCGGCAUGGGGCGCCCCCCCCCCCCCGCCCCUGGCGGGUGACUGGCAGGCCGGGCGGCCAGUGCGAACGGCGGCGGCGGCGAGGCGCAGCCAAUGAGCGAGCGCGCCCGGGCGUAGGCGGGAGUUCCGGGCUGGCAGGGCGGGCGGGCGGGCGGCGGUGUCGGCCGGGCCCCCUCUCCCGCUGCAAGCCCCACCUUUCGGCUUUCCCGCACCGUCAAUCAAAAUAGGAAAAAAAAACCCGGAGUAGGCUCGGGCCGCCGCCGCCGCUUCAGCCCGUGAGCACAAUAAGCAUGUCCCCGGCGGCAGCCGCCUAGCCCCCGCCAGCAGGGCCUGUGUGCGAGCCAGCCAGCCUGCCUGCCUCCCGCCCAGCCAGCCAGCCAGCCGGCCGCUCGCACUCACACCAUGACCGCUCCCGAGAAGCCCGUGAAACAAGAGGAAAUGGCUGCCUUAGACGUGGACAGCAGCAGCCACAGCGAGUAUCUCCAGCACGGCAACGGCGCCGCCUCGGCCUCCGCCGGGGCGGCCGCCCCCCAGGACGCUCAGCCGUCACCGCUCGCUCUGCUGGCGGCCACCUGCAGCAAGAUCGGCCCGCCGUCGCCGGAGGAGGAUGAGGCCGCCGCCGCCGCCGCUGCCUCUCACUCUGCCGGAGCGACAGGGGAUUUGGCUUCUGUGCAAUUAACAGGAACUCCAAAUAGAUGGGAGGUCUUGUCUGCGGCUCCUGCCACUAUAAAGGAUGAAGCUGGUAAUAUAGUACAGAUUCCAGGUGCUGCCACGGUAACUUCAAGUGGGCAGUAUGUCCUUCCUAUUCAGAGUUUGCAAAAUCAACAAAUCUUUUCUGUUGCACCAGGAUCAGAUUCGUCGAAUGGUACAGUGUCUAACGUACAAUACCAAGUAAUACCCCAGAUCCAGACAGCGGAUGGUCAGCAGGUUCAACUUGGCUUUGCAGCCUCUUCUGAUAAUAGCAGUAUAAAUCAAGAAACUGGUCAAAUUCAGAUCAUUCCUGGCUCUAAUCAAACCAUCAUUGCCUCUGGAACACCUUCAGCUAAUAUUCAGAAUAUCUUAUCGCAGUCUGGUCAAGUCCAGGUUCAGGGAGUUGCGAUUGGUGGUUCGUCUUUUCCUGGCCAAGCGCAAGUAGUUGCUAACGUCCCUCUUGGACUGCCAGGAAAUAUUACUUUUGUACCCAUCAAUAGCGUUGAUUUAGAUUCUCUGGGACUUGGCAGUGGUUCUCAAACCAUGACAGCAGGCAUUAAUGCAGAUGGGCACUUGAUAAAUACUGGACAGGCCAUGGAUAGUUCAGAUACUUCUGAAAGGACUGGUGAGCAAGUUUCGCCUGAAAUUACAGAAACCGCCACUGAUAAUGACUUAUUUGUGCCAACAUCAUCUUCAUCACAAUUGCCCGUUACCAUAGACAGUUCAAGUAUAUUGGAACAAAAUGCAAACAACUUGACCACAACUAGUGGUCAAGUUCACAGUUCUGAUCUUCAGGGAAAUUACAUCCAGACGUCAGUCUCUGAUGACACGCAGGCUCAGAAUAUUCAGGUCUCCACAGCACAGCCAAUUGUACAACACAUACAGCUUCAAGAGUCUCAGCAGCCAACCAGUCAAGCCCAGAUUGUACAAGGUAUUGCGCAACAGACAAUCCACGGUGUGCAAGCAAGUCAAAGUAUAUCUCAACAGGCUCUUCAAAAUCUUCAACUGCAGCUGAAUCCUGGAACUUUUUUAAUUCAGGCACAAACAGUGACCCCUUCUGGGCAGAUAACCUGGCAGACAUUUCAAGUGCAAGGAGUUCAGAACUUGCAGAACUUGCAAAUUCAGAAUGCACCUGGUCAACAAAUAACUCUAACCCCUGUGCAGACUCUCACUCUUGGUCAAGUUGCAGCAGGUGGGGCGUUGACGUCGACUCCAGUUAGUCUAAGCACUGCUCAAUUGCCAAAUCUACAGACAGUUACAGUAAACUCUAUAGAUUCUGCUGGUAUUCAGCUGCAUCAAGGAGAAAAUGCUGGCAGUCCCGCAGAUAUUAGGAUUAAAGAAGAGGAGCCUGAUCCAGAAGAGUGGCAGCUCAGUGGUGAUUCUACACUGAAUACCAAUGAUCUAACACAUUUGAGAGUACAAGUGGUAGAUGAGGAAGGGGACCAACCACAUCAAGAGGGAAAAAGACUGCGACGAGUAGCUUGCACAUGUCCCAACUGCAAAGAAGGUGGUGGAAGAGGCUCCAACUUGGGAAAAAAGAAGCAACAUAUUUGUCACAUACCAGGGUGUGGCAAAGUAUAUGGGAAGACUUCACAUUUGAGAGCUCAUCUCCGCUGGCAUUCUGGAGAGCGUCCAUUUGUUUGUAAUUGGAUGUUCUGUGGCAAAAGGUUCACUCGCAGCGAUGAGCUUCAGCGACACCGAAGAACGCACACAGGUGAGAAGAAAUUUGUCUGUCCAGAAUGUUCAAAACGCUUUAUGAGAAGUGACCACCUUGCCAAACACAUUAAAACACAUCAGAAUAAAAAAGGUAUUCACUCUAGCAGUACAGUGCUGGCAUCAGUGGAAGCAACACCUGAUGAUACUUUGAUUACUGCAGGAGGAACAACACUUAUCCUUGCAAAUAUUCAACAAGGUUCUGUUUCAGGAAUAGGAACUGUUAAUACAUCUGGCACCAGCAAUCAGGAUAUUCUUACCAACACUGAAAUACCUUUACAGCUUGUCACAGUUUCGGGAAACGAGACAAUGGAGUAAAUAUUACACAAGAUACCUAUUAAUUGUGGUUAUUUUUAUACAGUAGUGAGAAGAAUAUUGUUCCUAAGUUCUUAGAUAUCUUUUUAUUGAUGUGCAAAAAUUUUUUGGAUUGACAGUAACUUGGUUAUACAUGACACUGAAAUGCCUUACUUUGUAUGAUAUUCCAUAGUAUAUUAAAAUGGUAAAAUUGCAUGGGUUUUGUAGGUACUUUUGGAAUCUAGAAGAGAUGAAAUUUUACCAAGUUAUAUUAAAAAAAAAAAAGAAUUUAACGAUGGAAAUGGUAGUCUAACCAAAUGCAUCAAUCCUGUGUGGUUUAGUGUAAAAAAAAUGAGAACAUGUUGGUAUUUAUCUAUUGUAAGAUAAAAGAAGUUGAUGGGUGAAAAGAAAUCAUGUUAUGAUAAAAGAAAUUUUGUAAUUUUCUUGAUGACUGGAAUUUUUAUUAUGCAUAACUGACAAAUCAAGUUUCCAAGCAAAUGUUACAUAGUGUAGGCUUUACUUAGCUCAUCAACUUGUCAUUUUGAAGCUAAUUAUUUUAAUUAGGUUAACUAUGUACAAUAUUUUAAGCAUUACUCUUGUAAGAUUUUGAAAACUACAUUUUAACAUGGAACUCUAGGGAUAGUCACCUUUUAAAUCCUAUUGAAAAGCCAUGUUUAAGAUUUAAUUUGCCAAAAUGAUGUCUUGUUAAUAUUCUUUCAAUAACCAAGGUGGGCAAUAUAACCAAUGUUUAAAAAGCUUAAAAUGUUAAAAAAAAAUAUGUAUAGGUUGAGGCAUUUGGGUGGUAAGGCAAAUGUUAUAGUGAAGUAUAUCCCUUCUUUUGAACAUUGGAGGACCAAAAAUAAAGGUGUAUUGCGUCUCAGCAGUGAUUUUUAUCAAAUCUUUUUCCAAAAAACAUCUGUCUGCCAGGGCCUUAAAAGCCAUCGUGUAAAUUACCAGUAAAAUAUAACAUAUGCAAAUACAACAGAGAAAUCACUUCCAUAUUGACAGUACUCCCAAACAUAUGGAUAUAGUCAUAGUGAACUAGGGGUUUUAUGAGGUUUUUAUUUGUUUGUUGUUUAGUUUUUGGUUAGUCAAUCUGCAUUUAAAUAUCAGCCAUCUUUCCUUUUUUGCUUCUUCCCUUAAAAAUUGUAUGUAUCCAGUACAUUUAACUGAUAAACAUAUAUGUUUUUUAUUAUGCUGAAUUUUCUUUUUAUUUUUUAAUUACUGUUUAUAUUUUCAAUUAUAGAAAAAUGUACAAAAUGAAGUUAUAUAGCCAGUCUGUAAGUGCUAUACCAUUUUCAAAAAAUGUACAACAAUAAUUACUGCAGUUCACCUAUUUACAAACAUUUGGAAAUCUGUUCAUUUGUUAUUCUUAAAACCACCUCAAAUUUAAAGGCUACCUUAUUGUACGUUUAAAGUGUAUUAUAACAGUGUGGUAGUUAA